AUGUAUCUCCUUCCGGGCCACAGUCAGUCGUAAGGGCAAACCCUCUCUCUCCCCCCAAAUCGAUGGAGUCUGACGGCGAGGAGGAGGCGGCGGCGGCGACGCCGGGGACCGCCGGGGCGGCGCCGGCGGCGGGCCGGCUGAAGGGCUGCCCGGAGCUGUCGGUGGAGGGCGACAUGCGGGAGAUGGCGAAGACGGCGGCCUGGAGCGUCAGCUCCUGCAAGCCCGGCAACGGCGUCGCCUCCCUCCGCGACGACAGCCUCGACACCUACUGGCAGUCGGACGGCGCGCAGCCGCACCUGGUCAACAUCCAGUUCCAGAAGAAGGUGCAGCUGCAGGUGAGUCGCCGAGCUGCUGCUGCUGCUUCCGCUCGAUUUGGUUUGGAUGGAUGGCGCGUGAUCUUCUUUUUUCUUCUGAAUUUGUUGUUUGGGGGCAUUCAGCUUGUUGUGCUCUACGUGGAUUUCAAGCUGGACGAGAGCUACACGCCCAGCAAGAUCUCCAUCCGGGCCGGCGACGGCUUCCACAAUCUCAAGGAAAUUAAAACGGUGGACCUUUUGAAGCCAGUAGGAUGGGUUCAUAUAUCAUUAUCUGGCACUGAUCCCCGAGAAACAUUCAUUCAUACAUUUAUGCUCCAAAUUGCGGUGCUGGCCAAUCACCUGAAUGGGAGGGACACCCAUGUCCGGCAGAUCAAGAUAUACGGGCCACGACCGAACCCCGUUCCCCACCAGCCUUUCCACUUCACCUCUAGGGAAUGCAUCAUGUACUCCACCAUCAGGUGAUGGUUCAUGUCCUUCGUAUCGGAGCCAAGGUGUGGACCUUGAUCGUGGCCUGCGCGCUUCAGUCCUCCGUGACGAACGCCGGCGUAGUCUCUGAAGUAUCCAGCGUGUGUGAACAUGUAUGUCGAUUAAGUUGCUGCUGGAGCAUUAGGCUGUCUCUGUGAACAUCUAACAUGUAGUACUAAUUCAUGUUGUAUUCCAUUCCAUCCAUGUAUUCUAGGUACAUCUUUUUCCUCCAUUUAAUGUAACAUUUCACUAUUUCUGGAAUGGAUUGGAAGUUUCUCCUGGUA